AUGUUCGCAUCCAAGGUCUUCGAGCCCAAAAUGUUCGCCGCAUACCUUGUCGUUCUUUUCGUGCUCGCAGCUAUCGCAAAUGCUCACCCUGGUCCUCAUGCGCCUGUGGAUGCUGUUGCACACCAGAAAAGAGCUGCGGCUGCUGCGCAAUGUUCCGACAAAAUUGGCCUGAUGAAGAGGAAGAGCCAUGCUCUCCGUCGCCGGGACAUGUCCAUUGACCCCAAUAUUGGCAUCACUGAUUAUAUCGUCCAUGCGCAUGCUCCCAAGUACGAUUUCAUUAAGAACGAAUCCUGCAUUCUUACGCCGGAGGCAAGCAACGGGCCAUACUUUUAUCCCAACAGCCAGACCCUUCGCCAGGAUAUCCGAGAAGGACAACCCGGUGUUCCCCUUUCUCUGGAGAUUGGUGUUAUCGAUGUUAACACCUGCGAACCCCUGCCUGAUGUGCUGGUUGACAUCUGGCACUGCAAUGCUACUGGCUCUUAUAGCUCGUUCACCGGCCUCUCUCCGAACGUACAUGCCAACAUCUUGUUUGAGGAGGCAGGUGUUGACUUGAGCAACAUUACAAAUGGGCUUGGAGAUCUCUCAUGGCUUUCAACGGACAACUCAACUUUCUUGCGUGGAAUGUGGCCAACAAACAAAAAUGGGGUUACCUCUUUUACCACUGUGUAUCCUGGAUUCUACAUUGAUCGUACUAUCCAUAUCCAUGCCCAGGUUCACACCGACUGGUCUGUGACAUCAAAUGGCACUCUAUCUCAUGGCCCCAUCGUUAGUACCGGCCAGCUAUUCAUGGCUGAGGAGCUCAGCAAACAAAUAAUGGCAUUGCAACCUUAUGCCUCGCACACGCAGAUUGAGCGAACCCUCAAUGAUGUCGACGGUAUUUAUACGACUGAAUCGAUGACUGGCGCAAUGACACUACUUGAUACUGAACCCCUCGACGGGGAGGAUUAUACUAACGGUGUCCUUGGUUACAUUACAUUGGCGAUCGAUACCUCCUCUGUCAAGGACGGUUCCACCGUGAAUCCGAAUCCGUCCGUGAAAAACCUUACUGCUCUGGCUGACUAG